CAAGGGAAUGGUACACACAUUUCAGAAUUCCAUCUUCUGGGAUUUUCAGAGCAACCUGGAUGGCAACCCUUCCUCUUUGGGAUUUUCCUCUCCAUGUACCUGAUCACUGUGUGUGGGAACCUGCUCAUCAUCCUGGCCAUCACCUUGGACUCCCACCUGCACACACCCAUGUACUUCUUCCUCAGCAACCUGUCUUUUUCUGACAUCUGUAUCACCUCCACCACUGUCCCCAAGAUGCUGGUGAACCUGCAGACACAGAGCCAGGCCAUAAGCUUUGAAGGCUGCAUCAUGCAGAUGCACUUUUUCAUAGUCUUUGCCAGUUUGGAAAACUUCCUCCUGGCCGUGAUGGCCUAUGACCGCUUUGUGGCCAUCUGUCACCCCCUGCACUACACAGUCAUCAUGAACCCCCAGCUCUGCAUGUUGAUGGUUGUGGUGUGCUGGAUCCUGAGUGUCUUGCAUGCCCUUUUACAAAGCUUAAUGGUGUUGCGACUGUCCUUCUGCACAGACUUGGAAAUCCCCCACUUUUUCUGUGAACUUAAUCAGGUGGUCCAACUUGCCUGUUCUGACACUUCUCCUAAUGACAUGGUGAUGUACUUUACAUCUGUGCUGCUGGGAGGUGGCCCCCUCGCUGGCAUCCUUUACUCUUAUUCCAAGAUCGUCUCCUCCAUCCGUGCAAUCUCAUCAGCUCAGGGGAAGUACAAAGCCUUCUCCACCUGUGCAUCUCACCUCUCCGUGGUCUCCUUGUUCUAUUUUACAAUCCUAGGAGUGUACUUCAGUGCUGCUGCAACCCAUAAUUCACACUCAAGUGCAACAGCCUCGGUGAUGUACAGCGUGGUCACCCCCAUGCUGAACCCCUACAUCUACAGUCUGAGGAACAAGGACAUCAAGAGUGCUCUAAGAAGAUACCCCCCAGGGAAACUGUAA